GCAUCGCCAGGAAAUGGAUAACACAUCAGUUUUCUGUAGGCUGCGUCGUGAGGUUCUCCUCUGCUUCAGGAAACAUACAGCUCUUUGGAGCGCUGUAGGGAUUGUCUUAAUAGCAGUCGUGUGCGGAGGGACUGGCUACGCAAUAGGCUCUAGAAGUGGUAAAGAAAAUCGUUUUAAAGGUCUCCCUGCUGCCUGCUGCCCUGACGACUGGAUCAAGAUCCAGAGGGAAUGUUUCUAUUUUUCUAAGGCCCAAGGGGAUUGGACCAAUGGCCAGAACUCCUGCUCCUCACUCAAUGCCUCCCUGGCCUGGAUCGAUAGUCCAGAAGUGCUGGGUUCCCUGCUGCCCUACCCAGGGAAACUGGACCACUGGAUCGGCCUCCGGAAGGACACAGUUGGGGUCUGGAGAUGGGUCAAUGGCACCGAAUUCGACCAUCGGUUUCAGAUACAAGGAGGAGCUUACUGUGUUUAUCUGGACAAAGAGGUCAAAGUCAUCAGCUCCAGUUGCAGCACAGAGAGGAAAUGGAUCUGCAGUAAACUACUUACCCCCUCCUGAUGGAGAGGAGCAUGCGGUGGGAGAAAUGAGUGACUAUAAGUUGCAAAAGUUUGUUCUGAUCCCUUCUGUGACUUCCCCAUCUCCUCACAGUGGAGCCAGUUUCUUUGAAAACCCGAGAGGCAGAAUAAUCAGCAGAGAAUCACAGAAUCCUAAGCCUGGAAGAAAUUUCAGGAGUCAUCGAGUCGAACCUCUUGCCCAAGGCAGGACUAACCUGAACUCAAUCAUCCCAGCCAGGACUUCCU